AUGAACUCAAGGAGGAACUCACAACUCUCUUGGGGCUCGCCACCCCGGAGUACCUCCCCUUUGUCGAUCCCUCCGGCCCCAAGUCCCUUGCGACAAUCAAUCCGCCCUUCCCAAGUGCCAAAGCCUGAUACGGAAAAAGAGGAGCUGCGUAUCCAACUCAGUACUCUGAAGUAUGAGUUGGAGAAUAUCAAACAGGAGCGGGAUCUAAUGAUACUGCGCCAUGAGAAGGACCUUCGGGAUGCUCAGUUAAAGGCAGAUGCGGACUUCCGGAAAGCGCAGGCUGCAGAGUCUGCCAGUCACCGUGCCAGUCACAAGAGUGAGGCGCUCGCGAAAGAGUUGAAAGAAAGCCAAGAAAAUGCGUUGAAAGAGAAGGGCGGUCUUGAGCGGAAGCUCAGAAGUCUUCAGGAUCAGAACCAAAGUUUACAAGAUGAUGUCGACGACGCUAAAGCGCAACUGCUUGACCAGGAGAGACAGUUCAAGUAUCAAAUUAACGAACUAGAGACCAUUCGCUCAUCCCUCCAAAGGACGCUGGAAGGAUUGCAAAACGAUCUGCAAAGCGCUAGGACCGACCUACAGAACACUCAAGAGAAAUUGUGUGAACGAGAAGCGGAUGUCGCCAACCUGGAAACCGAGAAUAUACGACUCAAAGCCGAAGGAAGUGAUGCGGAAACAGUAUCUAUUCUCAAAAGAGAGCUUUCAGACCAAGUCAACCAUAUACGGAAUUUAGAAUCUACAAAUCGGGAACAAAGCGCAGAGUUGCGACAUCUUCGGAAGGUACAGAAAAAUGUCGAGGUGGUGGAAGAGCAGAAGAAAUCGCUGGAGAAUCAACUACAGUUGAUGAAAGACCUUGAAUCUGAAUUAGGAACCGUCCAGAUUCAGAAGCAAAUGCUUGAAGAUGAGCGAACAUCAUGGACUAGUCUUCUCCAGGUCAACGAUGAACAGACCGAGAUUGACUCACCGGAGGCGGUUGUGAAGGCUCUGCUACAGGAGCGGAUUGAGAAGGCCACUCUUGUUGAUAAGCUCGGCAACGUUGAAGCACAGUUUCUGGAGAAGGAUGAGCUCAUAAGAGGCUUGGAGACCGAACGAAGCAACUUGCGACAGGAAAUUGAAAAGCUCCGGAGUAGCAGUACAGCGAAUGGAGGGGCUAUGGCUGAAAGCAGACUCCGGGCGAGACUGGAACGCCAACGAGCGCUCGCAGUGAAGGAGGUCGAAUAUCUUCGGGCACAACUAAAGACGUUCGACACGGAAGAGGUGACUAUGAAUGCGGAGCAAAGCCAAUUCGAUGAGCAUAAGUCGGAGCAGAUCGCCAACCUGGAGAAGCUUGUUGAUGAAUACAGAGUGGAGUUGGAGAAGGUCCAUGAGGAGCUUUCGAAACGUGAAUCAACCCAACAGCAGGAUCCAGAACCUCGGGGUAUUAAACGGCCCCUCUCCCCCGCUGAAAGCGAUGCAGAGAACGAGCGUCUUUCUAUUUUGUCCCGGAAAAACAGGACAUUGCAAGAGUCACUCUCCAAGUCAGAACAGGUGACCACCCUCUUACGCCGAGAACUCGAAGCUACCAAAUCCCAGCUCAAGUCUCUUAAGGCCAAGUCGCGUACUCGCGUUCUCGAACUCCGCGACAAUCCCACAGCGCAAGCCGAGAAUCUCAAACUCUCCACCAUUACAACCCUCAAGGCUGAAAACCGCGACUUGCUCGCCCAGCUCCAGGGCUACCACGAAAAUGUCAAGGCCGUGCCUGCGAGCACCCUAGAGAGCCUCAAACUAGAAAUCCAGGACAUGGAGCGAGUAGUCGCCGACAAGGAGAAGCGCAUGCGACGACUGAAGGAGAUUUGGACCGCCAAGUCAUCCGAGUUCCGCGAAGCUGUCGCCUCUUUACUCGGGUACAAACUGGACUUCCUCCCUAACGGCCGUGUCCGAGUAACUUCCAUGUUCCAUCUCUCUCCCGCCUACAGACAUGGAGACGGCGACGCUUCUUCUGACUCCCGCGGACCCGGCAGCAUGGGCAAUGGCGAAGAGAACUCGAUCAUCUUCGAUGGAGAGAAUGGCACGAUGAAAAUAUCUGGUGGACCGAACAGUCUCUUUGCUAUGGAAAUCAGACCACUUAUUAAAUUCUGGGUCGAGGAACGGAAAGAUAUACCUUGUUUCCUGGCUGCAAUGACGUUGGAUUUCUAUGAUAAGACUACACGAGCUGCACGGAUGUAG